AUGACGACCGAUAGAAUUCCCAUAUGGUUUUACGACAAGAAACUUUGGAUCAACGAUGCGGACCGACGUACCACGUGCGCCGACGUGGCAACCACGUUGACGGGUCGCGGCAGUGAUUACGCAGUGGCCGUCGACGGCGCUCACACGGCCACCAUGGUGGCCGAUCCCGGCGUCAGGGUGCUGAAGAUCUGGCAGAGCCUGCGGCCGGACCAAAAGCUGUGCUUGCGAAAAGUGAGCGGCAAUGGCUACCACCACCACCACCAACGGGACGGCGGUAACAACGUUGACAGUGGCGGCGGUUACGACGACGACGAUGCAGCGUCCGAGAUGAGUGGUUACCGUGGUGCUCACAGGAAGCGCCGCCGGGAGGUGGUGGUCAAGUACGCCUCGCGGACGGUGCACCCGAAGCGACUGAGCAACACGCAGGCGGCCGAAGAGCUACUGAAACUCAUACUCGAGCAGAGCGACACAAUCCGAGCGCAGCUGAAAAAGUUGCAGGACCGCGACAAGAAGAUCGAGAAGAUCGAGACGGAAACGCACAGGACCCGGGCGGACGCGUUGGGAUCGAAUUACCUGUUGGACGCGUAUCUAGGGGGCGGCGGCGGCGACGGAUGCGGAGACGACAAGGAGGAAAAAGACAGCGGCAUCACCGAAGGCGCCAGUGUGGAGAACGACGACCACGACGACGAAAACGAAGACGACGAGGACGACGACGAUAGAGGUUGUGGUGUUGAAGGACGGGGAGUUGUCGGCGAAAUCGCAGACUCCGGAAUUCCGCGGCCGUCGUCGACGCAAGAGGCCAUCGGCUACCUGGAGAGGAUCGUCAAGAUCAACAAGAAGUUGUACGAAUUCGAGGAACGUCUGAUCCGGUUGUACGUGAACGUGGAACGGUGCCGGGACCAGGAGCAACUGCUGGACGAGCUGAAACGGGCCGAGACCGAGAUGGCCGACACCGAACGGAUGUACCGCGAAAACACUCUGCUGAUACGCGACACCGACACCGAACUGCGAGCCAGGCUGGGCUACAUCGAACAGUUGCAGUACGAGGCGGCCAUCGUGGACAGCGAGAACGAGUACCUGAUGGGAUCCAUCGAACACCUGCAAGGCCGACCCCACAACCCCCAGAACCAGGUCGAAAACUACCAACCCCAACAUCAUGCAGCCGCUUGUCGGGUGUUGGACACGUUGGUCUAG